GCCUGGGACUUCUCCUUUGGCGCCGGCGAAUCACGCCCACACGCCUCUCUGCGCGGAAUGAGAAGCACAGGGGUUGGCUUCGUCGGAUGAAGUGCUUCAUCUUCGACAUCGACGGUGUAAUCCACAAUGCCGGCACUCCGGUGCAGGGCGCUGGAGAAGCUGUGGAGGCCUUGCGUGCCGCUGGGAAGAAGGUCCUCUUCAUGACCAACAAUGCGACGAAAAGCCAGGAGGACCUGAUGCAACUGUUCAGUAAGCUGGGCGUGACCGCUGAGAAGGCUGAAAUAAUGACUUCUUCCAUAGCGGCUGGCGACUACCUCUGCAGCAAAGGCCUGCAGGGAAGGAAAGUUUAUGUGGUGGGAAUGAAAGCCUUGUGCGACUGCCUCGAGGAAAGGGCCGGUGUUCUCACCUGCGGUGGCGAGGAGGAUGCGGGGAAGGAUCGGGAGGACGUGAUGAAAACCUUCCUCCCAGAGCUGGAGCCACCUGCAAAGGAGGUGGUUGCUGUGGUUUGUGGGGCCGACUUCGCCUUCAACUACUACAAGUUAGCCAAGGCCGCCAACUACUUGCGCCAGAAUCCUGGCGCUUUGUUUGUGGCCACGAAUCCGGACCCCCGGGCGUUGAUGGCGCCAGGGACCUUCUUCCCAGCCGCAGGGUCCAUGUGGAGCGCGAUUGCAGUGGCCGCCGGGCGUCAACCCGACAUCGUCUGUGGCAAGCCUAGCGAAACUCUGGCCCGAUACCUUCUAUCCUCCAAAGGGCUGUCGCCCGACACCACCUGCAUGGUAGGUGAUCGCACCGACACGGACAUUGCCUUUGGCCGGAGCGUGGGAAUGCAGACCCUCUUCGUUGCAAGUGGGAGCAUGACGGAGCAGGAAGUCAUGCAAGAGAAUAGCACAGAUCAGCCGCACUAUGUGGCCGAUUCCAUCGCUAUUCUCGGUCAGCUUCUGAAGCCUGAAAAGUAG